AGAAAUGCAUACGGGAUGGUAUUAAAGAUGCUGGGAUUAAGCUCCUGUUCAACCAGUGCUCAUACACUCACCGAGCCUGACCAGUCAAGCACACUAGCGAUACCAGCAUUGGAUGCUGACACCCAGAGAUAUGUCUUGGCUCUUCCAGAAGCAGAAACAUGGCGCAAGCACCGAUUGGGCCUGACACAGGCUACCCACUCUUGCAAUCUUCUAGAACCCGAGACACUUUCUGAAACCCUUGUUUCACGCACUGCAAGUUAUGAUGCCUUGUAUGAACUGCGAGCAAGGGAAGUGGAGUCUAACUUCCCAUUUGAAGGCAGCAGCAUGUUUGAGGUGAACGCUGGGCUGGAUUCUGACUUUCCAUUAAGCCCCCAAGUAAUAAAGCGAAGGAGAGGAGGCCUGAUAGAACAAAAGGAUAUCAUCAAGGCUCACGAGGCUCAUAAGAUACAGAGUACACCCCAGGCUCGACGCAAGGAAUGGGAGAUGGCUCGAUUCGGAGAGGCUGUGACUGGCAGGUUGAGCUCGGCCGAUGGGGGCUCAGAGAGGAGCAAGACCCAACAAGGUUCCCCUGCUGCACCUAUUGGGACUCAAGCGGCUUUCAAGCAAUCCAAAGCCCAGAGGGCAAGGACCAUGGCUUUAUACAACCCCAUCCCUGUCAGACAGAACUGCUUCACCGUAAACAGGUCUCUCUUCAUUUUUGGAGAAGAUAAUAUUAUCAGGAAAUACGCCAAGAAGCUCAUUGAUUGGCCUCCUUUUGAGUACAUGAUCCUUACCACAAUUAUUGCAAACUGCAUUGUCCUGGCUUUGGAACAGCAUCUUCCAGGUGAUGACAAGACUCCAAUGUCUCGCAGAUUGGAAAAGACUGAGCCCUACUUUAUUGGGAUAUUUUGCUUUGAAGCUGGGAUUAAAAUUGUCGCUCUGGGACUGGUUUUUCACAAAGGUUCUUAUCUCCGGAAUGGUUGGAACGUCAUGGACUUUAUAGUAGUGCUCAGUGGCAUCCUGGCCACAGCUGGAACUCACUUCAAUACUCACGUGGACCUGCGUACUUUGCGGGCAGUGCGUGUUCUCAGGCCGCUAAAACUGGUCUCGGGGAUUCCUAGUUUACAGAUUGUGUUGAAGUCAAUCAUGAAGGCAAUGGUCCCUCUGCUACAGAUUGGAUUGUUGCUUUUCUUUGCCAUCCUCAUGUUUGCUAUCAUCGGCCUUGAAUUUUACAGUGGAAAGCUGCACAAGGCCUGUUACAGGAACAACUCUGGAAUGGGGCUGGAGCCCAUGGACCCACCUCACCCUUGUGGAGUGCCCCGCUGCCCAGCUGGGUAUGAGUGCAGAGAAUGGAUUGGACCCAAUGAUGGAAUAACGCAGUUUGACAACAUCCUAUUUGCGGUGCUGACAGUCUUCCAGUGUAUCACUAUGGAGGGCUGGACCACAGUGCUGUACACUACCAAUGAUGCCUUAGGAGCCACAUGGAACUGGCUGUAUUUCAUUCCCCUCAUUAUCAUCGGAUCCUUCUUUGUCCUUAAUCUUGUCCUUGGAGUGCUGUCCGGUGAAUUUGCCAAAGAGAGAGAGAGAGUGGAAAACCGUCGGGCUUUCAUGAAGUUGCGCAGGCAUCAGCAGAUUGAGAGGGAGCUGAAUGGGUAUCGAGCAUGGAUAGAUAAAGCAGAGGAGGUCAUGUUGGCAGAAGAAAAUAAAAAUUCUGGGAACUCUGCUUUAGCAGUUCUUAGACGAGCAACAAUUAAAAGAAGUAGAACAGAAGCCAUGAACCGGGACUCUAAAGAAGACCAUUGCGUUGACAUAUCCUCUGUUGGCACCCCCCUUGCUAGAGCAAGCAUCAAGAGUGCCAAAAUGGAUGGGGCAUCAUAUUUUCGGCACAAAGAACGACUAUUGCGAAUCUCUGUUCGUCACAUGAUCAAAUCCCAAGUUUUCUACUGGAUGGUCCUGGGAGUGGUAGCACUUAAUACUUUCUGUGUGGCUAUUGUCCACCACAACCAGACCCUGUGGCUCACAAAUAUUCUUUACUAUGCAGAAUAUUUGUUUCUUGGGUUAUUUUUGGUGGAGAUGGCUUUUAAAAUGUAUGGAAUGGGCCCACGUCUUUACUUUCACUCCUCCUUCAACUGCUUUGAUUGUGGGGUCACAGUAGGUAGUAUAUUUGAAGUACUUUGGGCCUUCUUUAGACCAGGGACUUCCUUUGGAAUCAGUGUCCUAAGAGCUCUCCGACUUUUGAGAGUUUUUAAAAUAACAAAAUACUGGGCCUCACUAAGGAACCUGGUAGUGUCCUUGAUGAAUUCUAUGAAGUCCAUCAUCAGCCUGCUCUUCCUUCUUUUCCUUUUCAUAGUUGUUUUUGCCCUCCUGGGAAUGCAGCUAUAUGGUGGCAGAUUCAAUUUUAACGAUGGCACUCCUUCUGCAAACUUUGAUACGUUCCCUGCAGCCGUCAUGACUGUAUUCCAGAUUCUGACAGGAGAGGAUUGGAAUGAAGUGAUGUACAAUGGCAUUCGCUCCCAGGGUGGUGUUCGAUCCGGAAUGUGGUCUUCCAUAUACUUCAUUAUCCUUACCCUCUUUGGCAAUUACACACUGCUAAAUGUAUUUCUUGCCAUUGCCGUGGACAACCUGGCUAAUGCACAGGAGUUAACUAAGGAUGAGCAAGAAGAAGAGGAAGCUUUUAAUCAGAAGCAUGCAUUGCAAAAAGCCAAGGAGGUCAGCCCCAUGUCUGCACCUAACGCAUCAUGUACUGAUAAGGAGCACAGAAGACGGCACACAAUGUCUAUAUGGGAACAGCGCACAAGUCAGCUAAGGAGGCACAUAAAAAUGUCUAGUCCAGAAGCUAUUCAAAGUGAAGAACUGACUGCUCUGAAUCCACACUCCAGUAUCUAUCGCAAGAACAAGGAAGCAGAUGAACAAAAGACAGAAAAAGGAGAAGGGAAUCAAGAUGUAAAACUGGUUAUAAGUCCAGUGGAAGGACCACCAGAAGGAGAAGGGAGCCCUUCUCAUAGAAAUCUCAGGGAACAUUGGCGGCAGAAAUCCAGGCAUGGAAAUACUGAGCCAAAUGGAACAACACCGGAGGAAGCUAUACGCCGCAGGCAAAGUCAGAGACGCAGCCGUCAUAAAAGAGUUAGAACUGAAGGUCGUGAGCAGUGUAGCAACUCAAACAGCACCUCAGCAAGCAGAGAAGGUGGUCUUGACAAAGUGACUGCAGAAGAUGGAAGAACAAUUCCAGAAGGGAAGAGCAAUGGAGAACCCAAAGAAGUCAAAGGGAUGGAUGACGAGCCUCUUAAGAUAUGCAUAUCCUCAAGAAAUUGUGAAGACCGAAAUAACAAGAUUUUGGGUUAUGAGGGUAUUGCCUUGAGCAAUACUCCCCUGCAGGAUGUGAACAGCCAAGAGAAGGACAUUAGCCCUCCUGAUUUGGAUUACAGUGAGCAGGCUCUGCUGGGCAGCAUUCAAAGCCAGGAAAGCCCUAAUCCAACCAGCUGCAGUUUGCCAGAUGUGUCCAGCAGCACUGAGCGAGUCACAGAGAGCACAGUCAUUACGUUACCAGAUACUGGAGUGCCUGCCGACUGCACCGUGGUACAGACGAAUGAAGGAAGGGAUGGCGAAGUCAACUUUGGAUCUUCACAGCAAGACAAAAUAGAGGAGGAUACUGAGGAUGGAGAAGAAAGAACUAUAAAAAGAAAAGAGAAAUUGUUGGAGUCCCCCAAAGCCAUUGUACCAUACAGUUCAAUGCUCAUCUUUAGCUCCACCAAUCCCAUAAGAAAAGUAUGCCAUUACAUCGUUAACCUGCGGUACUUUGAGAUGAGCAUCCUGUUGGUAAUAGCAGCGAGUAGCAUAGCCUUAGCAGCAGAGGACCCUGUCCUGACCAACUCAGACCGCAACAAAGUUCUUCGCUAUUUUGAUUAUGUUUUUACAGGAGUCUUCACUUUUGAGAUGAUUAUGAAGAUGAUUGACCAAGGUUUGAUUUUACAUGACGGCUCCUAUUUUCGUGACCUCUGGAACAUCUUGGAUUUUGUUGUGGUUGUGGGAGCCUUAAUUGCAUUUGCCUUAGCGAAUAUUUUGGGGACUAACAAAGGCCGGGACAUCAAAACCAUUAAGUCUCUACGUGUGUUACGGGUGCUGCGUCCACUAAAAACCAUCAAACGCCUGCCAAAACUGAAGGCAGUCUUUGAUUGUGUUGUUACCUCUUUAAAGAACGUCUUUAAUAUUCUCAUCGUAUACAAAAUCUUUAUGUUCAUAUUUGCUGUUAUCGCUGUGCAGCUGUUUAAGGGCAAGUUCUUCUACUGUACAGACAGCUCAAAGGAGACAGAGAAAGAGUGCAUAGGCAGUUACAUAGAUCAUGAAAAGAACAAGAUGGAGGUGAAGCGCAGGGAAUGGAAAAGACAUGAUUUCCAUUAUGACAAUAUUAUAUGGGCUCUUCUUACUCUCUUUACGGUAUCCACAGGAGAAGGUUGGCCUCAGGUUCUGCAGCACUCCGUUGAUAUAACAGAAGAAGAUAGGGGUCCAAGCCGAAGCAACCGCAUGGAGAUGUCCAUUUUCUAUGUUGUCUACUUUGUGGUCUUCCCCUUCUUCUUUGUAAAUAUAUUUGUGGCUCUGAUUAUCAUCACAUUCCAGGAGCAAGGAGACAAGAUGAUGGAGGAGUGUUCCCUAGAGAAGAAUGAGAGAGCCUGCAUAGACUUUGCAAUCAGUGCAAAGCCACUCACACGAUACAUGCCACAGAACAGACACACAUUCCAGUACCGGGUCUGGCAUUUUGUGGUCUCUCCAUCAUUUGAAUAUACCAUCAUGGCUAUGAUUGCACUAAACACAGUGGUACUUAUGAUGAAGUAUUAUUCUGCGCCAUACACAUAUGAACUUGCAUUAAAGUAUCUGAAUAUUGCAUUCACAAUGCUCUUUUCUCUGGAGUGCAUUCUCAAAAUCAUUGCAUUUGGAUUUUUGAAUUACUUUCGGGAUACUUGGAACAUUUUUGACUUCAUUACUGUAAUUGGUAGCAUCACGGAAAUCAUUUUAACAGACAGUAAGUUGGUGAACACGAGCAGCUUUAAUAUGAGCUUUCUGAAGCUGUUCCGAGCAGCACGACUUAUUAAACUUCUGCGGCAAGGGUACACCAUCCGGAUCCUGUUGUGGACUUUUGUUCAGUCAUUUAAGGCACUUCCUUAUGUGUGUCUCCUCAUUGCAAUGUUGUUCUUCAUCUAUGCCAUUAUUGGGAUGCAGGUGUUUGGCAAUAUCCACCUGGAAGAGGACAGCCAUAUUAAUAGGCACAACAAUUUCAGAAAUUUCUUUAGUUCUCUUAUGUUACUCUUCAGGAGUGCCACAGGAGAGGCUUGGCAGGAGAUCAUGCUUUCAUGUCUUGGUGAUAAGAGAUGUGAGCCAGACACCAGUGCAACCUCUGGACACAAUGAAAAUGAGCGCUGUGGAACUGACCUUGCAUAUGUUUAUUUUGUUUCAUUCAUUUUCUUCUGCUCCUUCCUUAUGCUAAAUCUGUUUGUGGCUGUCAUUAUGGACAACUUUGAGUACUUGACACGAGACUCCUCCAUUUUGGGACCUCAUCACUUAGAUGAGUUUGUACGGAUCUGGGCUGAAUAUGAUCGAGCAGCAUGUGGCCGUAUCCAUUACACAGAGAUGUAUGACAUGCUGACUCUCAUGUCACCACCUCUAGGCCUUGGAAAGAGAUGCCCUAACAAAGUGGCUUAUAAGAGACUGGUCCUGAUGAAUAUGCCUGUGUCGGAGGACAUGUCAGUACAUUUCACGUCGACUCUUAUGGCCCUAAUACGCACAGCAUUGGAUAUCAAAAUAGCCAAAGGAGGUGCUGACAGGCAACAGCUGGACUCUGAACUGCAAAAAGAUAUACUUGCCAUUUGGCCAAAUCUCUCCCAGAAAAUGCUGGACUUACUUGUGCCGAUGCCAAAAGCCUCUGAUUUGACAGUGGGGAAGAUUUACGCUGCAAUGAUGAUCAUGGAUUAUUAUAAACAGAGCAAAGCCAAAAAACUGAGACAGCAGCUGGAGGACCAGAAAAAUGCACCAAUGUUCCAGAGAAUGGAGGCUUCCGCCCUCCCUGAAGAAAUCUUAUCCAAUGCCAAAGCCUUACCCUACCUUCAGCAAGACACUGUGUCGGGCCUUGGUGGAUUCCCUUCACUGAGUCCCCUGUCCCCAGAAGAAGUAUUCCAGCCACCAUGUUUAGACAGGGAUGAUGAAGACUUUGAAGAGCAGCUGUCUCUGGAGCCUGAGGUUAGAGAGUUUAGAAGGGAGCAGCUCCCUAACCAAGACAGCUACAUCCCAGUGGAGAUGCUGGAACGCCCAGCGUCUGUGAGAGCUUCCUCCAUGCCACGUCUGGCUGAGAAUCCUCAGGUCCUGUCAGACGUCGGCUCCAUGCGUCGCUCCUUCUCCACAACUGCAGAGAAACGAGCACGCAGCUCCUGGCUAGAUGAGUUCACUAUGGACAGGAGCAGCACAGACUAUGCAUACAGAUACCAGAGGCGCAGUUAUCAUGCAUCUCUAAGAUUGUCUGCACAUACAGAUGCAGGUCAUUGGUCAGAUAAUCAUCGUUCUGGCGGGAGAGAGCGUGGAAGAUCCAAAGAGAGAAAACACUUGCUGUCCCCUGAUCCUUCACGUUGUAAUUCUGAGGAAAGGAGCCCACAAGCUGCCUGUGAACACCAAGAUCACCAACUGUCCCCUGGGCACACUCACAGAAGUGUACAGAUUCUUGACUCUCUGAGUGAAAGUUGCACCCCUUCAGACACCAGCACCCCAAGACGAGGCCGUAGACAGCUUCCCUCGGUGCCUCCAACUCCUAGACCCCUUAUCUCCUUCUCCUCACUAAUUCGCCGGCAGAAGCACAGCCCCCCUCCCCAAAAUAAAAAUGAUAUUAUUCUUCCUAGUGAGCCUGGUCUGAGUGAGUCUUCCUGCUCCCUUACGGGUCAUCAGAGCUCCCAGUCUACACCACAGCAUUAUAUUUCAGAGCCCUACUUGGCACUGCAUGAGGAGAUGCAAAGCUCAGACUGCCCCACAGAGGACACACUCACCUUUGAAGUUGCUGUGGCUACUAGUCUGGGCCGCUCUAACACCAUUGCCGCUGCUCCACUGCGUCAUGGCUGGCAAAUGCCCAAUGGUCACUACCGGCGUCAAAGGAAGGGAGGCAUUCCACCAGUGAUACCCUCCAGAGAGUUAAGUGACACAGAAGAGGAUGAUCAAUGUUAAAGGGAAAUAAGGCUUGCAUGCUGUAACACAGCAAGAAUUGCUCAGAUACUGUUCCCCUUCCCGCACAGUGAGUUUCUUCCACAGGAGCCCCACAGCACUCACUGCCAGACCCUUAACCAAAAUCAAUACGAGACUGUGCAGUGCUUGAAAAGAGACACAGCAUGUAUUUAAUAUCUUGUGCCAAAAACACAAACUGAAUGGGGUUGUGGAGUAUAAAGAAAAUGUUUUCAAAGAAUUAAGGUGUUUCAUCCCUGUAAUUGCGACUGGAGUGUAAUAAAGCAUCGGAAACAGGCUGUGCAUCGCUGUCUCACACAUGGGUUGAUCUUCGGCUGGUAAACUUUAGUGUCUGCCAAAAGCACGACUGAAAUGGUGAGGUGUUGCCAAUAAAAUGAUCUGUUUUUCGACCAUGUCAUGAGAAAGCAUAAUGGUUAAAUAACAUUUACAUGUGUGGGUUUGUUAAUUGUCACCUAAGUGGACUGGGCACACAAAGUGCUUUAGUUACAGAUAUGUUGAUUGAAGAACACCUAGUCAAGUUGCGUGGUAUUUAUGUAACAAUGAAAUGCAAUUAUAUGGGUUAUCCAAAUUCUGUUGUUUGAUAUAAAGUGUUAUCCCUGAGCCCAGCACACCUUAUAUACAUCUUGUGCAAGAAGAUCAUUUUAAUUUUCCCAUCAACAAGAGAGAGAUCAGAACUAAAAUUUGUGACAUUUCUAUUCCAUAUUAUGUAUUUAAACACACAAUGAAAGUAUAAGACAGUCACUUGGGCAGAAUUAUAGUAUGUUUAUGAGAAUGGGAACCCAGUGUUUGUCUUGCCAGGUUUUGCUGAUGCCUAGCCAACCAUUGCUGGUUGCUAUUCUUACUAAAAUAUCACUCUACUUGAGUUCACAAAAUCACCCACUUUCAAGUUUUUGACAAUAAUCUUUUUUUUCAUUAUCACAAAGAGCAACCAAGUUUUUCAAACCGCGCUUGAAUUAUCCAUUCAGAUAGAGGAACAAGAGCUCUUGUAUAGGUAAUAACAGUGCCAGCUUCAAUGGAGCUCUCAGACAAAACCGCUAAUGGAUUUUAGUGUGAAUAUGGAACAUAUCGUUGCCUUAAAGUCAUCAGUGGUGACACUAUAUUUAUCAAGGGUCUGUCUAAAAUUGUUGCCUACUUCAAAUAAUGAAAACUUUUUUUUGAUAGCUAUGAAAAAGAAUUGAAUUUUUUUCUUGCUACCUCAAAACAUUAUAGUAAGGAACCCCUCGAAAUGUUAUUCCAUUAAGACUAACAAAGAGAAUGAACAAGGCAGUCUGCAACUCUUCCACUGGUGUGUGCAACAACACGUUCAACUGUAGCAUUGACCACACUACCAACUUGUAAUGAUGGAGAUCCAACUAAUCACUUUAUGUAUAGCACGACUAAGGGCAAAAAGUACAUUGUCUGUAGAAAUCAAUGAGUUAAUAGGCCAAUCAGUAGUUUUAAAAAGAACAGACAUUUGUCAUGCUUGGAACUCCCAUUCAUUAGCAUCUGAUGUGUUUUAUGUAUGCAGUCUGAUAAAAUUCAAUCUGGUCUGUCUACAGAAUGUUUACAGAAUGCUUUUUGAGGGGCAGGCAAUCUUAGGCCAUUCAAUUGUCUCAAUAUUACGGUGUCUAGCAUAUCCCAGUAGCUGAGUUAGUAGGAGGAUGCUGGUAUGAAUCACAAGGUUUGAAUGCUUUUUGGACUGUAUGUGGAUCGUUCUGACAUUUUUUUUGUACCAUUGUGAUCGGUCGUUUAGUCGAUCGGACAGGUAGAAGAUUUUUGACGCCUAAUGAUGAUAAUGUCUCUGCAUGUAUUGUAUGAUAUCAAUGGGUGACAGUCACUGCUAUUUGUCGGACAUAACUUUUGUACGAUUGCUGUCAUGGCCAGAGCACAGUCUGAUUCGUUCUUUUACUACUUAAUCUGAAUGGUUAUGCGCAUAUCGGGAGAUCAUUUGUUGGAUACAAAGCUGCACGUCUAUGGCCAGCUUAAAUUAUCUUUGCUAGUGGUAGUUACUUCACUUUUUUGGUUAAAUGAGCAUCAGGAGCAAAAAGUCAGCAAUUUGUAAAAUUAACACAAACAGCUAAAAUAAGGCAGCAUAGGAUAAUAACAAACCUAACCCUCCAUCCAAAAGAAAUUACAGCAAACUGGGCAGACUGGAUUGAAAAUGCCACCCAGAAUAGUUACACCUUUCAGAGACCAGUGGUUCUACAGCAAAAAUAGUUACGCCAAAAAAAAUGCUAUUGAUUACAUUACAAGGAGAAAUAAUCAUUAAGUUAAUUAGUUCUAUGUAAAAAGCCAUUUGCUGGAUAAAGGCUCCAUCGCAUCACAUGUUCUGUAUUUGGUGAGGAGUCCCCACUGUGUGAAGUGUAAUAAAUGUAUUGGCCAUUGUUGUCAGCAUUUAAUGACAGACCUUUAUGUGUCUCCUAAAUUCUUGUUUUGUUAUUGUUUGUUCAUCUUUUGUUCUGUGGAUGUCUCAUGUCUCAUGAAACUACAGUUUCUUCAUGUCAUGCAUGUCCUAUAUCGUCUUCCCAGCCAUAGCCUAUACUGUGAUAUUGUGACAUGCUGUAUAUAGAGAUACAAUAUAGACAGUAUAUAUUACUUCAUUUCUUUUCACAGCGGCUAGCAGUUGCCACAAUGGCAUUAUUUUUAGCAGUUGGUGUUUCAUAUUAUAUACACUGAAUAUCUGGCGUCAUACCUGACCUCGGAUCUUGCUGCCCAUUCUCUAGGUAGGAAAGCUUUUCUAAAAUACUGUCUUAACCCAUCAUGUGCCAUGCACCUUUUCAUCAUACUCGCUGGCAAUCAUUAUCUCUUCUGUCAGCACUGCAGGGAACUAACUAACCAUUACAUUACAUUCUAAGGAGCUGAAAGCUGCUUUGAAGUAACUAAAAUCAAAGGGCCAAACAAGUGGAAUUAUUCAGUAGAAAUGAUGUACAAAAAGUGGUCAGAAGCAAAAUGGUUGAUAGGUAGAACGUUUUCUUAAUAAUGUAUUUUAAACAAAUGUGUUAGUAAACUGUGGCAUUGCCUAUUGGAUUUGAAAUUGCACUCCAUGAAUUCUCUGGCCAAUUCAGGUAUGUCUGUUUCGAAAUACAUGGGAAUUUCCUGCAUUUAUACAGGGGCGCGCCGCCAAUGAGGCGAGCUGAGACGCUCGCCUCAGGCGGCAACGCCGAAGCGGUUUCCAGGGGCGGCAAAAAGCCGCUCCUGCACCUUUAAGAGCCGAAUUUCCGGUUUUUAAACCGGAAAUUCGGCUUUACUAAUGCGAGAGAGCGCAAUUGCGCUCUCCGCAUUAGUGUUCCUGCCUCCCCUCCCGAAAAGUCGGCGAGGGGGGGGGCGGCAUUGCAGGAGCCGCCUCAGGCGGCGCUUAGGUCUGAAUCGGCGCUGCAUUAAUAAACACAAAUUUGUAAUAUUCAUUUAACUUGUCUUUAUUUCUGAAGUGAAUAUGAAAACAUUGGGCACAGAUGAUAUCAUAACUUUUAAUGGAGGUUCCACUUCUGGCACACUGCUACCUAAAACUAUGGUGUUCUAAAGCACUGCCUGAAAAAUCCAUUUCCACGUCCUUAAAAAACGUCCCUGCGAGCAAACGGUUAAGUCAUUUGCUCUCAAACUUAUGGACACUUUACGCAAGUGCUAGAAAGGAGCGAGUGCAAGACCAGGAGUUCAAUAUAAUAUCUUGCUUUUGUCUAGAAAUGAAAUAACAAACAUUGUGGGAUUUUGAGGGGAAUUCUUUUGUGAAAAUUAUUAGGAAAAAAAAAACCCUUGUAAAGAAUUGAUUCUCAUUUGUCUUUUUCUGGCUUUUUCAGUCUGGAAAUAAAACAUGAUUAAAUAAAAAGAACAUUUGUCUCUG